UGCGCGCACCGCUGGAGGCAGUCGCGCUGCAGAGCCGGGACUGUUUGGAGGAACUCUGGAGAGGAGCGGAGCUGGGUGGGCAUCAUCACACGUGAGGAGUCUGCACGGAGACAACAAACACACAAAGUAUGUCUGCGGCGGCUCGACGCGCACACGGACCUGACUCCGGUGAAUGAGCGCACAGCUGGAGACCUUCCACUGCGUGUCCUUUCUGAUCCGUCCACGGAGAAAGGAGCCCGACGCGGCGGCCGCAGCUCCCCCGUGCCCGCUUCACCCUGCCUCGGUGUGGCAGGGCGUCAAGGUGCGGCAGCAGCAGUAGUAGUAGCAGCAGCAGAGGGAGAGGAGAGGAGAGGGGGAAGAGCCGCCGCUGUUCCAUCCACUGUCCGCAGCGACGUGACGACUUCCAGCGAGAGGAGACGGAGACACAGAGAGGACACCAUGUCAAGGGACACGAGAGGAAAAGGUUCAUCUCGAAAGCACAGCGCCCCUCACUGGUGUCUGCAGAACAUCGCACAAGAAUCCGUGGACAGCUCUGAUGAGGAAUUCUUUGAUGCCAGAGAUGUUCUGGAGGGGAAGAGCGCCAUUCUGCUGGGUAUGAGUCAGUGGAACUCGAAUGACCUGGUGGAGCAGAUCGAAACGAUGGGACACAUGGAGGACCAGUCACGUGGUCUCUACCAGCUGGGUGGUCCGCGCUGUGCCCCUCAGAGCAGCAUCGAAGGACUCGAGGACACAGAGAGGAAAUGUAAGACCCAUGUGCUGCUGCUGGUGGUGCACGGGGGAAACAUCUUGGACACGGCAGGCGGAGACCCCAGCUCGAAGGCCGGCGAUGCGGACACUUUGUCGUCCGUGCUGGAGAAGGUGGCGCGGGCGCACUUUCAGGCUGCUGCAGAACACGUGAUGAUCAAGCUGGUGCCAUGUCCGGCCGUGUGCGCUGAAGCCUUCUCCCUGGUCUCCAAUCUGAACCCAUACAGCUACGAUGAAAGCUGUGUGUCCAGCAGCGUGGACCACCUCCCCCUGGCCGCCCUCCCCCUCCUCGCCAUCGUCUCACCGCGCUACCAGGAUGCCGUGGCGACGGUCAUCGCUCGAGCCAACCAGGUGUACCACGGCUUCCUGCAGUCAGAGGACGGCCAGGGAUUCACGGGUCAGGUCUGCCUGAUGGGCGACUGCGUGGGAGGUGUGCUUUGCUUCGACGCUUUGUGCUUCAGCAACCACCAGAGGCCCGGCAGCCCCGACGGCAGCAGCAAGAACAACAGCACCGAGAGCCUGAAGGAUAACUCGGGCCUGCUCGGCGAGUCCGGCCUGGAUCUGAGUUCUAGCAAGAGGCUGAGCAAGAGCAACAUCGACAUCUCGGCGCCCAACGAGGGCCACGGUCAGAGUGGGCCGCCGCUCAGCCGGAAGCAGAGCGACUCGUACGAUGGAGACGCCACAUCCACCAGCCAGCACAGCUUUUUUUCCAGUUUGAUGAAAGACGGCGUUGAGCUGCGUGGCAGCAGCAGCCCCAGCCUGGUGCUGAACCCGGGCCGGUUCGACUUCGAGGUGUCGGACUGCUUCCUGCUGGGCUGCCCGCUGGGCCUCGUGCUGGCCAUGAGACGCACCGUGCUACCUAAUGUCCAGGUGAGUCAGCUCCAUCCGGCCUGCUCUCAGAUCUUCAACCUCUUCUACCCCUCGGACCCUUCAGCCUCCAGACUGGAGCCGCUGCUGCAGCCUCUCUUCCACAAGUUGCCACCAUUUGCUGUGCCCCGCUACCAGCGCUACCCACUGGGGGACGGACGCUCCAUGCUCAUAGUGGAAAGCAUCCAAGGCCACGCAAACAUCUUUUUAGAAGGAGAACAGACCCAAGGAGGUCCAGCUCCACAGCAGCCAGCCGAGACGAGCACCGAGGGAGGAGGGAGAGAAGAGGGAGGUCGCAGAAACAGCGUGACCAGUGUGGAAAGCGAAACGUCAAUUUGCUCCAUGGGCCAGCUGGGAAACACCAUCGCCAACAUUUCCAGUAGCUGGUGGGGCUCUAAGAGGCUGGACUUUUCUCUGUACUGCCCUGAUGUGCUAACCGCCUUCCCAACUGUGGCUCUGCCGCACCUUUUUCACGCCUCCUACUGGGAGUCCACUGACGUAGCAGCUUUUGUUCUCCGGCAGCUCAUGCGAUGUGACUGUGUGAAGAACCAGGAAACCGACAAUUUGGACUCUGCCCCGUUCUCCCCCUCCAGUCCACGAGAAAAAUGGCUCCGAAGGAGGACACACGUCAAACUAAGGAACGUCACAGCCAACCACAGGGUGAACGACAUCAUCGCGACCGAGGACGGACAUCAAACCCUGGUGGGGCGCUUCAUGUACGGCCCCUUGGACAUGGUCACUCUGACGGGGGAGAAGGUGGACGUCCUGCUGAUGACCCAGCCUCAGUCCGGCCGCUGGGUGCACUUUGACACCGAGGUGGCCAACAGCAGCGGCAGAGUCACAUACACAAUACCCAAGAGCAAGAAGCUCGGCCAGGGAGUCUAUCCCAUUAAAAUGGUGGUCAAGGGCGAUCAAACGAGUGCAGAGGCCUACCUCACGGUGUUGCCACGGGGCAUGGAGUGUGUGGUCUUCAGCAUCGACGGCUCUUUCGCCGCCAGCGUGUCAAUCAUGGGCAGUGACCCCAAGGUCCGCCCCGGAGCUGUGGAUGUUGUCAGGCACUGGCAGGACCUGGGCUAUCUGAUCAUCUACAUCACAGGCCGCCCUGAUAUGCAGAAGCAGCGCGUGGUUUCGUGGCUCUCGCAGCACAACUUCCCCCACGGGAUGAUCUUCUUCUCUGAGGGCCUGGUUCACGAUCCCCUGCGGCAGAAGACCAUCUUCCUCAGGAACCUCAUACAGGAGUGUCAUAUUAAGAUCAACUCCGCUUAUGGCUCCAUGAAGGACAUCUCCGUUUACAACAUGCUCGGGCUAAGCCCCUCACAGAUUUAUAUUGUUGGCAGACCUUCGAAGAAAUACCAGAAUCAAUGCCAGUUUUUGAGUGAGGGCUACGCAGCGCACCUCUCAACCCUUCAAUUUGGACACAGAGCUCGACCCAAGAAGUCCUCCUCGGUCCGCAUGGUCCUGAGGAAAGGCUCCUUUGGUCUCCCGGCGAAGCCCGACUUCCUUUGUAAGCGGACCCACCUGCGCAGGACCAUGUCCGUGCAGCAGCCCGACCCGCCUUGCACGCCCACGCCCAAGCCCGAGCGAGCCCAGAGCCAGCCGGAAUCUGAUAAGGACCACGGGGUUGGGGGAGGUGGAGGAGGACAAGGUCCAUGGGGACGCCCCUCCAUGCAUCGCGGAGACACGACUCCCUGACAUGAAGAAAGAGAUUGAGGGAUUGCAGGAGGACAGAGGAAGAGAACGAUGAGGUGUCAGUGUCCAGGGCCAAGCGUCACCUCCACCUACUGUGCUUUGUACACUGGAUCCACGGCUGGUGUCCCUCCCAGCUCAGCUUGACCUCCUGCUUGGCCCUCUACACUCUCCCAUCUGCCCGGCCUGUUUGUCCUGACCUGCUCGUGGAUCAUGUUGUUUUAGUCCUGGUGCCUGACAUUUGUAAGAAGAAGCCAGGGAAAGGGACGACUCUCGCUAAUGUCUGCGUCUGAACCGUGAAAUCAGAGGGACGUAUUCGAGACGUGUAGGAUGAGACAUGUGGCACCUGUGGAGGCUGUGAAUGCUGGGAGACUUUGUCCCAGUCCAGGUAGCUCACAAGACGCUGCCCCUCGCUCCCAGUCAGACUGCUGGGCCGACAGGUGGUCGCGUUGACUGACUCCUGCACUGAUGUAAAUAAUCAUCACACACCAUCCCUCUGUGGGGCCUCUGGACACAGGGACACUGUGACACUGUGGAGGUUCAACUUGGACAUGAACUCUGCGGUCUGGAUCCACUGACCCACUAUUAGAUGUUUCCUUAUACUCCAGCCUUUCCUCCUUCCGUCCCUCCAUCCUUCACCCCUUACUUCCUUCCUUCCUUCCCUCCCCUCAACCAGUCAGGCAGAAGAUGCCUCUCGACAGCCUCCUCAGACCGGGUCCACAGCCGCUGCAGCGCCCCGGUGUGCUCCCCUCGGGCCCCUGAGGUCACGUUUGCACUAUCAAAGUACACCUCGGUUGAACCGCGGCACUAGCUUCGGAAACAAAGAGUUGUAUUUCUAUUUUGUGGGUUGUUGUUUUUGCUGUUUCCUGCAGAUUGUGCGCUGUUGCUGUCCGUCGGUUACUGUGACUCCUGGAGGGAUUUAACUGAAGUGAAAGUGUUGAUUUGACCAAAAAUGUUUACAGAUGGAUAGACACAGCUGUAAGAAGUGAUCUGCAGUGUAUCUGCCUCUAAAUACAAAGACAGUGUAAUUAUCAAUAUUGUUAGUUUAGUUGCUCGGUAGCUGCGGUAGCUUGCAGGAUAUUGUAGAAUAGACCCUACGCCAGUUGAAGCUGCAUCUAUUUAUUACAGCCGCCCUGGAACUAAUAGGUUUGUGAUGAGAUCUGAUGCUGUCCUGUGCACUUCAGGUUGAACUGAAACUUAACGUGGCCGUGUUUAAAACCCUGUGCAAGUCAAACAUAUUUUUCUAUGAGGAAAUAUUGUAAAUAGGAAUAUUUUCAAUGUGUGUUUUUGAAUGUUUUAGUUGUUUAAUUCGUGGAAUGUUUGAUUUCUUUGCCUUAAAUCGUAUUCAAUGUUGUGUAGAGAUGCAAAAGUACCUGAAUUUGUUCAACCAAAGUAUUGAGUUUUACUGUUACAUCAUGACAAAGUGCAUUUGAUCCUGCUGAUAUUUUUGCUUUGACAUAGAUAGUGUUAAUGUGUGUGAGGGAGUGUGUGUCGGUAUUUGUUGUGGAGUUCUUUAACUGUGAAUAUAGAGACCGUAAUGACAAGUAAAGGCUUCUGCUGAAGGAAACUGUGGAUCUCUGUUCUCACUCUGGCGUUUCAGAGCUGAAAGCAAAUUUGUAUAGGUUUGGAUUGAAGCGCUGUGUCGGAGGAUUUCCUGGUGAAAGUUCUUUUUAUACCAGCUCUGUGGGAAAAGGGCUUCUCGGUUCUUUAGGGGUCUCGUUCCUACGGAGAACCUGCGCUACGUAGUGGAACGUGUGAGCCGGGCGGGAGCUGCCUUUGACUCGAUUUCAUUUACCUCCUGAACAUAAUACAGGAGGUGGUCCAGUAAUUAGCUGUUCAGGCACGUCGGACUCCCUGUGGUGCCGCCCCUGUUAUUGUGGUGCACUAUUAGCAUUACAUUAGCAUUGGUAAUUGUAGGAUAUUGUUGAAACAAUGACAUACUUAACUCGAUACUAAACAUGAUUUUGUUUUAGCGUUCAAAACUGUAAUUGCAGAAACGUUGCUAUCCGAGCAACAAUAAGAUCAUACACACACAAAGUGACUGUCAGUCCCUAUAUAACACAGAGUGAUAUUUCUCUGCCAUGACGAUACACUGGGGCAGUGAAAUAUUUAAACUGGGCAGCAUUUCAUUAAACUAAUCUUAGUAAAUGGCAAAUAAGGAUUUAAUGGUUAAAUGGUGAUUGUUCUGUGCAUGUUAAUUAUUUGAUAUUGUUAAGUAAUCAGCCGUCAUGUCAGUGGUGCUUUUUACUAAAAUGAGUAGUUAUCUGUACUUAGUGGUGAAAAUCUACUCUUGGACAUAUGUGACCACAGUUCUUCAAUUGAUUAUAAAUAAGUGCAUUAUAACUUUUAUUUUAGUAAAAAUACUGUAAAUGUGUGUAAACGAGGCAAAGCACUGUUAAAGAUAAUAAUAAUAAUAUUAAUAAAUACUACAGUACCUCUUGUUGUUAUCUCAGACCUUCAACUCAUGAAUUCAUAGAAACUGAUUUAAAAAGGGGACAAAUGAAAGAGGAAAGCUCAAUUGAGUGUCUUUAUAAGUCUCCGGAACAGCUUCAGUGCAUUUUGGCAUCCAUUCUUCAACUCUCUGAAACUCUACUGAACAGUUAGAACAUCCAAAAGAUAUUCUCUCAUUUGAUUGUUGAGCACUGACGGAUCAUCAAUAUUGAAAUGUUACACCACAUUAUGAAGCUGAACACUCAGAACAGCUUAAUUCAUUUGCAGGGACUCUGUCCUCAGAGGGAAAAAGUGCAUCUGAACCAUGCCAGCCAAAAAUGAGUACAUCAGGCCAGUUGAGAAGCUUCUCCCGCCGGUCCACCAACAAUGAAUUCUCUGUCAAAGUCACUCAGAUCUUUUCUUUAUGCCAUCUUCACACAAAAUCAUAAUAAACUCUGCGCCGCUCAGCAUUUUUACACAUGCGGCAGAGCCCGACUGGAUAUUAUCGGCUGGAUGGCAACAUGCACUUAUUUAUUCAGGUCUUUCCUCUAAUUUGUCACCCGCCUGUCAGCCUCUAGUUUCAUUUUAUUCUUAGAUAAUAAAGUCAAAUAACGCUUAAUAAUACAACAACAGGAGAAUUUACUACUUAAUAUAAAUUGAUUGUAUUUCUGAAAAAUAUUUCUUACACAAUUAUUGUCUUCAAAAAGAUACCGUAUAAUUAACCUCUCAUCAAGUACAAAUGAAUGUUGUCAAAUGAUUAGGAUCCACCAAAUCAUGACUUAACUAUUGGGUUUUGUCCGAAUUUGCCAUUUAUUAACAACUCUUAUCACAUUAAAAGCUUCUGCAAGUGACAGCUUCUUUGAAAAUGGUCAAAUACAUUUUCUUUUGCGGUCUUAUUCACUGAUCUUAUGAGUACAGGUAUACGACAUUGUCCUAUCGACUAACUAGGAAAAACUGCUGGUUUCACUGCUGCAAAGUUUAUUGUUUUUGCACAUAUCUCCUGUGAUGAUGACCAUGUUAUUGUGAUGUUGCACUCGGUUCACCUUUCACUGUUGCAUAAAUAAAGAUAUUACAGCGUUGAAUAAUG